AUGGCGCACGUCACCUCUACAAACGCCACACACCAUCAGCAUCGUUCAAGAGUCGACUGUCCACCAGCAGCAGCAGCAGCAGCAGGAGUAGCAGGAGUAGUAGCAUCGCAUCACACCGCUCUGCUCCUCUCGGGCCUCGGGGGCGUGUCGUACCUUCUUGUUCACUGUCCAAAUGUACCAAAUGCAUUUCAAACACACAGAUCACCUGUUGUAAUCAAAAUCACACACACCAUCACACACACACACUCUCUCUCUCUCUCUCUCUCUCUCGCUCUCUCUCUCUCUCUCUCUCUCUCUCUCUCUCUCUCUCUCUCUCUCUCUCUCUCUCUCUCUCUCUCUAUUUCUCUGUCUCUCUCUCUCUCUCUCUCUCUCUCUCUCUCUCUCUCUCUCUCUCUCUCUCUCUCCUCUCUCUCUCUCUUGUCUUUUGAUGACGUGCAAGGCUUUUGUGGUUCAAACACGAUUAGCUCGUGGACGAAAAAGGAUGAGGAUGGAUCAAACCACUUUGGAACAAUGAUUAAGAGGCAGCGAGAGCCGAGAACGUGCCUUGAUUCUGCUUUGGUCUCCGAGUGUGUUGUCUUUUGUCUUUCGUGUCUUUGUGCCUGUGUGUUGUCCUCUUUCUCUCUGUCUCUCUCUCUCUGUCUCUCUCUCUCUCUCUUUCCAAAUCUCUCCGUAAACCCUCUCUCUCUCUGUCUCUCUGUCUCUCUGUCUCUCUGUCUCUCUGUCUCUGUCUCUCUCUCUCUCUCUCUCUCUCUCUCUCUCUCUCUCUCUCUCUCUCUCUCUCUCUCUGGCAACUGUCCCUGUGGUUCCAUCGUGAGUACAACCCCCAGCGGCACGACGUCGGUGGGAAAUGUCUCGACCACGGAGGGCGGCAAUGAUGAGUCCAUCGGCAAGCAGGUCUGCGUCUGCCGCGAUCGCGAGCGCGAGCGCCGGAAUCAGGCGAAGGACGAUGCUGAAGGCAUGAUCACAAACCCCAUCUUUGAGAACCGCACCGCCGCUGAGAUGGGUCGAAACGCUGCAGAGGUUACGCGCAAUGCCCGCCAUGGAGGCAGCGUCAACAGUGCCAGCGGUAACGGCUCAGCCGGCGGAAGCAACCCCACCAGUCAACCUGUCAGCCGCCAUGCCAGCGAUGGUCGUGUCGGCCCUGCUCCGACCUACGACCACCUUUCGAAUGACUGGCGCCAGUCGACUGCCUCUAGCGGCCCUCCAGCCCCGGCAGCCCCGGCAGCCCCGGCCUGGACUGCAGAGUCCCAGCCAGAUCACUACGAUCACCUCGCUCAGGGCGCCACCUCGCUGGCUGGCCCCGGUCACAAUGAUCAUCCGAAUCCAGCCUACGACCAUAUCGUUCAACUGGAGUCGAGCCAAUUGCCAACCUACGACCACUUGGCCCAAUCAAAGGAGCGCGAUCGGCUCCCAGGACAAGCCUAUGCACACCUCCACGGCCGAGAGGUGGUGGAUGAGCCUUCGCGCCCCGGCGUUUACAAUCAUCUGAAUCCUUCGAGCCGAGGCACGUCUUGGCAUGGCCAAGGCUCAUCUAGCCACACGCACGAGCACUGGUCUCAUCAACGUCACUCCAUCCAUGCCCAUGCUACUCUGCCCGAGGACACCAUGAUUGCCAACGUCGCCUACGCCUCGCAUAACAUUGCGAGCGACAGCGAAAAUCAUCAACCAGAGGCCGACCCAUAUGCCGUCCCCAUUCCCAUUACCACCACCACUCUGUUGGAAGCCCCUCAACCCGAGCCUUCCCCUCGCGUCAAUAUACAGUACGCCGAAAUUCAAGGCGAGGAAGAGUCUGUUGAAGCCAUUAGCGGGGUGGAUUCCGGGGCCAUUGAUCACGAAGCCACCAAUCACCGCGACCACGCUGAUGCAUAUGAACAACAUGUGCUCCAGUCUGAAACACCAGCCAUGUCGGUCAUCCCGCUCGACCCUUUGGGACCAGUGUCUGACGUCAACCGUGACGACGAACCAGAUCCAGCGACCUACCCCUUGACCAGCACCUUCUUUUCUGGGGCCGUCACAUCGGAAACCAACGUGGAUGGCGAUGAAGAGGAGGAGGAGGGCGAGGAGGAUGGAGAGGACCACGCGCUGGAGAUGACAGUGCUCUUAGCCGACGGUCGCACCGUCCGGCGCCGUUAUGAAAACAUGAAAAGCAGCAACUUAGAAGUAGACCUAGCCAACGCCCCCCAUGAACUGCACGAAUUGGUCUUUGAGAACAUGACGCGCCAGGAAUCCGAAGCCACGCUGCGGCGAGCGCGCUCGGCAUCGGACGUGGCAGCCACGUUCCUGCUGCGGCGCAAAAACGAAUACGCCUUUGUCCUGUCCUGCGUCAUUGGUGAAGAGGUCAAGCAUAACCUCAUUCGUCGUGUCGACAAGUAUUGGCGUUUGAAUAAUGCCAUCCUCCAGCGCAACGACAUCCCGUACCGCCUCGAAGGCUUCGUUGCCUUUUUACAAGUUCACGGUGCCCUCACUCAGAACAUUAUAGGCAAUACCCUUGGCCGAUGGAUUCAACCCUGA